AUGUUGAAAUUCAGUAAAAUUCGUCAAAACGUGCACGCACAUCUCAUCCUAUUUUUCGUCAUCCGAGGCCUGCAACCAUCUCUACCGACCAUCGAUCGGAAUUCCUUCCAAAAUUUUGUGGCCAAAUGUGAAAAAGAUGAAACGUCAUGUAACGUGGAUUUAAAAUUUGUGGAGCUGAACACUUCGUACUCCGAAGAGAUUGUCCAGUGGUUGGAUCACUAUGAGGAUAUGCCGGACGAAUGCAGAAAGGAUCAGUGCGGGGCCGUAACAACAGAUGGUGGUCUGAAGGGUGAACACUACUGGCCGAAGAUAACAAUAGGUGACCGACAUGUACAAAAGUGCAAAUACCACUACGUCAAUAAAGUGGUUAAAUAUUUCCCUGGCAACUUGAAGUACGUCAAAGCUGACAAGCAGAAUGUGAUAAAUAGCAAGAGUCGAAAAUUAGGCAGAAACAAUAACUACAACAAUAACAACAAAAACAACUACAACAGCUACCGAUAUCAUGCUAACUACUUGAACGGAUUCAUCCUGAACAAAAAUUACGACGUCGAUGAUGGCAACAACUACAACAGCUACCUGAUGAACGACACAAAAGACGAGGACGAUGAUGAUUACAACAUCUUCCAGGACUGCAUGAUGUAUUAUGUCAACGAUUUGAAUGAAACUAACAAGAGUCAGAUUGUCUCAAGAUGGGUGAACUUCAAUGACGGGGCAUGCCCUGGACCCCCGUUCCAAGUACAGGUGGACAUCAUCAAGGAGUCCAGAAUGGGCAUCGAACCGGAACUGAACAGUCACCGAAAACCGUUAAAAACUGAAAUUUUGCUCGGAACAAAAACCGUAACCGAACCGAAAUAUUGUUUGCUAGUUUAA